GGUUUGAACAAUAGUCUUAAUUCCUUAAUGGCCUAUUUUCAACACUAUUGGAUGGAAGUUGUUGGUGCACAUCAGUUUUCUGUCCAUCGAUUAACACACAGAACCAACAACUUCAUUGAGUCUUAUCAUGCAAGUCUAUUGCGUCAAAUGGGUCAACAUCCAGCACUAUAUGUAUUCUACAAUCACCUCAGGGGUAUUGAACAACAGUCUCGGAUUGAUUUUUCUAGGGCCAUAGAUGGAUUACCAGUAAGAAGAAGAACAUCAUCUAUGUAUACCAGAAACAUGAGUAUUUUAAGUGAAGCAUGGCAGCAUGUAGAAAAUGGCCGAUACACAUUGCUGGAAUUUCAGAGACGUACUGCUCACACUGCAGAGCAAAUUCUAUCAAAUGAAAUUGGUGAACCAAUAUUUAAUGAGGGGUGCACAAAGAUGAUGUUCAUGGAAUACCAGCAAGAGGUGGAGGUGGUAGAAGAGAACAUCAAGGACAUGGAAGUCCAGAAAGACCUGGAAGUCCAGUAAGACGUGGAAGUCCAGAAAUACUUAGAGACGAUGGGAGUCGUUAUCCAUGGAAUGUAUUUUUUGAAAAUAUAGAAAAUGAUGGUAAUAAGUA